AUGUCCUUAGAGAACAUACUGAAGAGUUUGGCAACUAGUACACAAGCUUUCCAACAAGAGACAAAAGCAAGCAUAAAGAACUUAGAGAAACAAGUUUCACAGCUUGCUACUUCCGUAAGCAAAUUAGAAUCUCAAGGAAAGUUACCUGCACAAACUGAAACAAACCCAAGGCACAACGUGUGUGCCAUCACAUUGAGAGGCGGAAAGAGUUAUGAUGGUCCAAAAGUGUCGGUUGAUCAAAAGGAAGAAGAAAUAAUGGUCGAAGAGGCAACCAAAGAAGAGAAGAAAGAAGAGAAAACAAUCGAAAAGAAGCCCUUCAUCACUGAGUCUAAAGCCACACCUGCUCCAUUUCCCGAAAGAUUAAAGAGCACGAAGAAAGAACGGGAGGAGAAUGAGAUCAUGCAAAUGUUCAAGAGAGUUCAAAUCAACAUUCCACUCCUCGAGGCCAUCAAGCAGGUACCCAGAUAUGCAAGGUUCCUUAAGGAUAUUUGUGUAUCUAAAAAGAAAUUAAAAGGAAAUCAAGUCGUAAUAGUUGGGGAACAUGUAUUUGCGGUUUUGCAAAAGAGGAUGCCCCCGAAGUGCAAGGAUCCCGGUGUCUUUACCGUACCUUGCAAAUUGGGGAAUUGUCAUGUACCCCGAGCCAUGCUCGAUCUAGGUGCAUCCGUAAAUGUCCUACCGUAUUCUCUUUUCAAGUCAAUUGAUGUAGGAACAUUGAGCAAAACCGGUGUGAUCAUCCAACUUGCCGACCGGUCUUUGGUACACCCAAAGGGUGUACUAGAGGACGUGUUAGCGCAAGUCGAUGAAUUUAUCUUCCCGGUUGAUUUUUAUGUCUUAUAUAUGGGAGAUGAUGAUUCUCCAAGUUCAAGUUCCAUACUUUUAGGUAGACCUUUUCUUAAAACUUCCAAAACAAAAAUUGAUGUCUACAAUGGAACUUUAAGUAUGGAAUUUGAUGGUCAAGUUAUCAACUUCAAUGUUCAUGAAGCAAAAAAGGUUCCUUCCGAGGUUCAAUCCGUCAAUUUUGUGAAUUUGAUCGAGCCCUCAACUAAAAAGGGUUUAAGUUUGUCUAGCAAUGAAUUUCUAGAGUUAGUUUUGCAAGGAAAACUAGACAGGGACAAAGCCAAAGAGCUUGCAAAGGAGGUCAAUAUAGAUAAUGAGGUGUUGGAGAGUUUGGAGUUUAUUGAUGACAAGAAGCAUGUGAGGAGUGAUGAUAUAAAACCUAAGCCAUCCACCAAAGUCAAAAUCCUUCCACCGGUGGAACAAGCACUAGAUCCAGGAGCAAAAACUCCACCGGACCCUAUAAAGCUAAUAUAUGUUGAGAAGGAGAGCACUCAACCGGUCAUCAACUCAAAUAAACUAUCAAAGAAGGAAGAGAGUGAGUUGAUAACCAUGCUGAACAAAUACCAAAAAAGGAUUGAGUGGACAAUCUAUGAGAUUAAAGGGUUAAGUCCUUUUUGGUUUGUUCGCAAAAAGAAAUCCAAAGGAAGGUUGAAGGUUCAGUUGAAGGAGGUGGCAAGAAGAUUGAUGUGUUGGAGAGGCCCACAUACUUAG